AUUUUCUGUUUAUAUUUCGGAACAUGAACAGCGACGACAACAACAACAACAUGCGAUCUGCACCAUUGUUAUCUUCCGAAUUUUCAACAUCACUAUCCUCCGUUUUGCUUCUAAUUUCAGCACCAAUAAUUCCAAUUCCUACUAUACAUCUUUCUUGUCAUUUUCCCAUCAACUUCACUUUGAAUUCACUCAAUCCUCCUCACCAAAUCUCGAUUGAUUCCUUUCCACCACACAUCCCUAAACCCACUUUCUUAUUUCAAAACACACAAAUAAUUUGAAUUUUGAAACGAACCCACGUAUCCAUUCUCCAAAUCAACCUCAUUCAUUGUGUUAGAAUCAACCAUGGUGGUGUUUCAAACAUCAACACCCUUUUCCUCUCAUCACAAGAGUACUAGUUUCUUCUUUGUGUUUCUUUGUGUUGCAGCGCUUGGUUCUGUUUUUUUGGUGUGGCAAAGGAAUGUGAUUAAUGGCUUCUUUGUCUUGGGUGGUGGUGUUCCUGUUUGGGAAUCACCUAAACUGAGGCCUGUGGUUUUCGAUUUGAUUGAUUUUGGUGGGGUUGGUGAUGGUGUUACUCUAAAUACUAAGGCUUUUGAAAGCGCUAUUUCUGUUAUCUCUAAAUUUGGGAACAAGGGUGGUGCUCAGUUGAAUGUGCCACCUGGUCUUUGGCUUACUUCUCCCUUUAAUCUCACUAGUCAUAUCACUCUUUUUCUAGCUCAGGAUGCUGUUAUUCUUGGAAUUCAGGACGAAAAUUAUUGGCCAUUGAUGCCUGCAUUGCCUUCAUAUGGGUAUGGUAGGGAGCAUCCUGGUCCGCGGUAUAGCAGUUUGAUUCACGGUCAAAAUCUUACAGAUGUUGUGAUAACAGGGCAUAAUGGUACGAUAAAUGGACAGGGACUCACAUGGUGGACAAAAUAUCGCCAAAAGCUUCUCAACCACACAAGAGGGCCACUUGUUCAGAUCAUGUGGUCUACUGACAUUGUGAUCUCUAACAUUACUCUGCGUGACUCUCCGUUUUGGACUCUUCAUCCAUAUGACUGCAAGAAUGUUACAAUAAAAAACGUUACGAUACUGGCUCCUGUGUAUCAUGCUCCAAAUACUGACGGCAUAGAUCCUGAUUCUUGUGAAGAUAUGUUGAUAGAGGAUUGUUACAUAAGUGUGGGGGAUGAUGCAAUUGCAAUAAAAAGUGGCUGGGAUCAAUAUGGAAUUGCUUAUGGAAAGCCUUCUAAGAAUAUAGUAAUCCGAAACCUCGUUGUUCGAUCUAACGUCAGUGCGGGAAUCUCAAUAGGCAGCGAGAUGUCGGGCGGGGUAUCCAAUGUCACCAUCGAGAACAUUCUCGUAUGGGAAUCUAGACGCGCCAUCAGGAUCAAGACUGCUCCCGGAAGAGGUGGAUAUGUGCGCCAAAUAGCUUACCGGAAUCUAACUUUCAACAACGUCCGUGUUGGAAUUGUUAUCAAGACCGAUUACAACGAACACCCUGAUGCUGGAUACGACCCUAAAGCGCUUCCAAUUCUCAGAGACAUAAGCUUCACCCAUAUCCGCGGUGAGGGGGUUCGCGUACCGGUACGUAUUGAAGGUAGCGAAGAGAUUCCGAUUAGAAACGUGACUUUCCAGGAUAUGAACGUCGGGAUAACGUACAAAAAGAAGCAUAUUUUUCAGUGUGCCUUUGUGGAUGGUCAGGUAAUAGGGACCAUCUUUCCAAAACCAUGUGAAAAUUUUGAUCAGUACAAUGAACAAAGAGAGCUGGUUAAGCAUGCUAUGUCACAGAAUGUAACAGAUAUUGAUUAUGAAAUUUGAGAUAUAUCAAAUGAGUUUAAUUGUCAGCGUAAUUUUUUUUACCCUAACAGUCUAUCACAACCAUUCAUGGGCAUGGCUUUAAAGGUGUUUAUGGUAUAAGUCAAACAUCUCUGUUGUUCUAAUGGCUAUGAUUGACUGAUACUGUACAAAUUCUUUAUACUCGUAGUGUAUAUGAAUUAAAUCUGUAUCAAAUAUUCCAAAGUUAUAACUUCUGUUUCAUCAUUAGUCAGACCUCAAAUUAUGUGUGAUCAUUUUUGUGAGGGGAUGGAGCACACAAGUUAUGCAUUUAUUUUUUUGGAAGUUUCAUUUCACAUAGUCCAUUGUUAGCUUUCUUAGGUCAUCAAUUUUGAGUUGUACGUAAUAUGUUAUGGUAUCAUUUGAUCAAUGUAACGGACUCUAUUUAGUUGGAUAAGAUUUGGUUUUUGUUGUUAGUUA